AGCACCAUCGCCAUCCAACUGUGCAAAUUGCAAUACACGUCAGUCUCCACUCUCCAUCCCGCACCACCACCGCCCCCGCUGCCGCCGUCACAUGCACAUACAGACACUCGCGCCUAUAUAAACUCCUCAUUGCAAAUACAACCUUUACAGAUGCUCUCUCACUCUUCUUCUCGCUUUCACUCUCUAAAUCACCAUCCGCGCCACCCUAACCCCGCCAUCUAUUCUUGCUCUCUGUCUCUUCCUUUUCGAAUAUCUCAUUCGACUCUAAAAUUUGGAGCAAUUGAUUUCAAAAUGAGUUCUACCAAUUCUACUGUCUCCUGUAACGGUAACAGUAACAGUAACGUUGACAUUCAGACUAUGGACCUAGGGUUUAACCAUUUAGACCUCGACCGCUUUGUUGACGUCGGCAACAAGCUUGCCGACGCUGCCGGUGAAGUUAUCCGCAAGUACUUCCGGAAAUCCUUCGACAUUCUUGACAAAGAAGAUUUGAGUCCGGUGACAAUUGCUGAUCAAGCGGCCGAGGAGUCUAUGGUGAAGAUUCUAGAGGAGAAUUUUCCUUCUCAUGCAAUUUUUGGAGAAGAGAGUGGAUGGAGGUGUAAGGAAAAUUUUACAGACUACGUGUGGGUUUUGGAUCCUAUUGAUGGGACGAAAAGUUUUAUUACUGGCAAACCCCUGUUUGGAACUCUAAUUGCUCUACUACACAAGGGUAGACCGAUUCUUGGCAUUAUUGACCAACCUGUUCUGAGAGAGAGAUGGAUUGGAAUAAGUGGGAGGAGAACUACUUUGAAUGGACAAGAAAUAUCCACUCGAAGUUGCCCGCAACUUUCCAAAGCCUAUCUGUACACUACUAGUCCACAUCUAUUUUCUGGUGAUGCUGAGGUGGCCUUUGCUCGAGUAAGAAAUAAGGUCAAAGUGCCUCUAUACGGCUGUGAUUGUUAUGCCUAUGCUCUAUUGGCAUCGGGCUAUGUGGAUCUUGUGAUUGAGUCGGGUCUCAAGCCAUACGAUUUCCUUUCCCUGAUACCCGUGAUUGAAGGCUCGGGUGGAGUCAUAACCGAUUGGAGAGGACAUCAACUUCAUUGGGAAGCUUCAUCAAAUUCCGAUGUGGCAAGUUUUAAUGUAGUGGCAGCAGGGGACAAAAGGGUCUAUCAAGAUGCUUUAGACAAUUUACAGUGGUACUGAUUUCAGCACGGAAUUUGUCCCUAGGGACAGCAAGAUCUUCAGUCAGGUUCAGGUUAAGGUUUAAUCUUAUCGACUCACUGCCGGUUAGUUUUAAGAUAAUGACCGCAAUAAGGACUAAGCCCCUUCCAAACAAUGGUGAGUCGAAGUCGAGCUAAACACUGCAAUUUAUUAUGCAUUCAAUAAAUGAAUGUAUGUAUAUUUAUAACUCAAUUGUCACAAUUGCUGUUACGGUUAUUAUUGAAUUUGAGCAGAAGCAACGCUACAGCCAAGUUAAAAUCCUUGAAUGGACCGCGUAAUUUAGAGUUGUAUCGAUUUUGUGCAUAUGGUUUGACUUGGUUGGCUUUUUAUU